AUGCAGUACAACUCCUUGUUCGUCAGGUUGUUUAAGCUGGUGAUUUAUUCCUCAGAGGAGAAUGUGCUGACUAACAGGAAAUAAUUAAAGGGGCAGAAUCCUUCGAAAAUUUGACAGUACUUGUCCGUACUGUCGUUAUUAUUAGUACGCAUCCAACGAACACUUGUUUAUCCCCUGCAGCUAAUUUAAUAAGACACUAGGAGAAGAAUAGAAGACAAAAUUAUGGCACCAAUAUUCAUUCGAGCUUUAAUGACGGUGACCAUUUCCACAGCUGUGAUCUGUUUUCUUGUUUUUGAUGGUGGAUUUGAUCGAGUACACACAGAGACAGGACUGAAACACUAUGCUGAAAGAGCCAGCCCUAUUUUGAAAACAGUGCUUCCAAAAUGGCUGAAAAUGCCAUUGAAUACUCUUGUCAACUUUGGCUAUAUCGUAGUAGGAUCUUACUGGUUAGCAGUAAUAUUUUACCGUAAUGGACAGGAAAAUAUCAGAGAAGUUGAUGCCUACACAUUCUAUGUAUUCAAUAUCAUGGCUUGCUUUUAUGGUCCAAUUCAGAUGAUGCGAAUUGUGAUGGAUAAACAUCGUUUGGCGAUUUUGGAUCAGUGGGUCACACUUCCAUUUUUUAUGUGGGUGUAUAUAUGGGGUAAAUGCAUUUCCAACAACUGGAGUAACCUGAGAGCUUUCAUUGCCACAGCCAUAUCAAUGUCCAGCUACACUCUAGCUCUAUAUUAUGAUACUGGGUUUGAAAUUGCACUUGGACUGCACAUUGUACUAGCAAUCGUUGGAGCUUUCUUUUCAUAUCAAAAAUACCCAGUAAUCGAGGCAAAAAAAUCAUUUAUAUAUGCUAUGCUUUGUUGUACAAGUUUUGUUGUCUUAAAGUUAUUAGAUCUACACCUCCCAAAUAUUCAUCCUUUCUUUCUGAGAGUUUCUGGGCAUUUUUUAUCCAAAAUAGGGGAUGUUUUACAAAUACAUUACACGAACAAAUUUUUUAUGGCUUUAACUUGUGAAAAAACAGCAAAACAGAAAAAACUGAAUUGAACAAAUAAUGCAUUUGAUAUAGAAUUAUGUCACAAGUAACACAGUAUAUCGUCUACACCAGUCUCUCUGUUUAUAAUUUUUGAAAUUUUUUGUCAUGUUUUGAUUUUACUUUUUAAGCUCAUCUGAUUCCACUUCAAUACAUUUGUAUAUAUUGAUUAUAUCCAUGAAAAUCCAAGAAGAUCUGAACAUUUUCAUGUUUAAAUAAAAAUAUUUACCAAACAUGCCUUCAGUUUCCAGAUACAGUCAACAAUGACUGCAUAAUACAUUUCAAUGGAGAAAGAUUUGAUAACCAUUUCUUACGAUUGUACACAUGCAAAAUUAUCACAAGAAUGUAUAGAGUAUAAUCAAUUUACAUGAGUGAUAUAACAUCAUAUAAGACAAGAAGUCCAUAGGGCCUGUAUCGUUCACCUGGACCUUAAAGUCCAGCAAUGGUAUACAUGCCUAUAGGUUGAGUAUUUCAAAUAUUUCCAAAUUACAGCUCAGUCACUUAACCUCUUUGGUAGGGCAAGACCAAGGAGCAAAUUUUUAUAUCAUGAUUGUUUUUCCCUUUGAUGCCCAGUAAGUGUUUGAUUAAUCUAAUUACUGAUUUAUACAAAGAGAUAUAUAAAGAGGUUGAUUCAUAAUUAAUUAUAAAAAGGGAAUCCUUAUUCGUCAGUCAAAAGUCUUUUUACGUCAUAUAUGAUAACACAUGCACACAAAACAAAUGUGGCCUGUAAGCAAAAAUGGCUUAACAUCUGAAUUGGUUACUACAAUGUUGGCGAUUAAUGUCACUUAUUUUAUAAUUCUGAGUAACAUUUGCUACACCCAUAACAAAACUUACUGUGUCACUACUGUUGCUGUCAAUUCUGCCCAUCAUUAUGUGUUUGUGUUUUCAAAGUGAACUGUCUUGUUUUCAAAAUUAUUUUGUCACAUCAGUGCUAUUUUGAUUUUUUUUUUACCGAGCAAAAGAAGUGGUCAAGCUGGGAAUUGGCAUCAACUGUGAUUAUCGGGAUAGCAUAGAAACAAAAAGGAAAUAUAUAAACUAUGUACAAUCAAUAUCAAAAUAAAUGUGUUUACUAUGAUGUCCAUUUAAUCUUACCAUGAGGAUUUAUCAUAAAAGCUAACUCUACACUA